CCGUAAUCAAAAUCAUAUCUCCUACCCCUCUCCUCUUUGCCCUUUAAAAACCAUCAAUUCUAAUCUUCUUUUAAGGGUUCUGGGCAUCUUUCGUGAUUUUUGAGUUUUAACGUUCUUUCAUUAGCGGAGUUGUUGCUUUUCAAUGGAGACUUUGGCUGCUUCCAACAACGGUAUCCCUGUUUCCAAAGUAAAGACUGAAGGAUCGGAGAAGAGUGCGUCUAAAACAAGAACAAGAAAUGGGAAACAACAACAACAAGAAGAAGAAAGGUCUGCGCUAAUUGAUAUAACAAACGAUUCGCCGAUUGUUGGGGUUGCAAUGAAGACUCCAUCAUCUGCUGUAGUAGGUAAGGGUAAGACCAACAUGAUGACGAUGAUGACUUCUGGUUCUGGUGAGGCUUUGUUAAGGGGUCAAGUCAAGACUCUGUUGCAGAAGGUUGAGGAAGAGGCUGAGGUUUCAAAAGUUCCAUUGGAGAGCCGCCCUUUUGUUCAUCUUCAAUCCCCAAUGGCACUUUUGGCCCCCACUCCUGCAAAUACACCCCAGGUCCCUAAUCUUUCUGAGGAUGGAGGAUUGGCUUCAAUGCUGAUGGAUCUUCCUGUUGUCGAAGAAGAGUUGAACAUAUCUGAGAUGGUGAGUGCUAACAUUGAAGGACAGAAAUGUGUGAUUACAAGAUCGCUGCUGCUGGAUUUUGCUGAGAAAUCAGAAUGCCGUUCCGAUAAUGGAGUGAUAAUAACAGACAGCAGUGCAAGCAAUGAGAAGACAUCGGCAUUCCACAAUGAUGACAUCGACAGCGCCUCUAUUUGGUCUAUCCAGCUUAAUGCAAGCACCCAGGAUGAAUACGAGGAUAAGGAAACUUUUGAAGAAAUGGGAGCUGAAUACUAUGACCAUGAAGAAGAUGGAGGAUUGGUGGAUGAUCUAUGUAAAUGCAUAAGCAAGAUAAGCAUGACAGAGAUGUUCACGGGAAAGCACACGAGAUUUAUAUACGAUAGUGAUGAUAAGAUUGGAGAAGAAGAAAGUGGAGAGAAUUGGAGUACUAUUCAAGUGAUAUAAUGAGGUUGAAGGGGUUGCCAACACCCAAAGGAAAGCACCUGCGCUUUCCUCUGGAGGAGGAUGAGCAUGAUUGUUGGUAGUAAUCUCAUUUUAUGAUUGGCUAGGGACAUUAUUGCUCGGCUGUCUUUCUUUACACCAUUCAUUCUUUUUGUCAUUUUUUGUCAUCCCAAGUUUUUCAUGACCAAAAGCAGAAUGAAUAAAUAAUGUGAAGUGAUUGUUUCGUGGGAUUUAACUUCAAA